AAUUUUAAACGCGCGUUUAGUAGAUACGGGGGAAAAUGGAAUCCCCAAAAUUUUGAAAACCCGCCUUGUUCUUUUCUACCAUCUUUCUAUCUUACAUCUUCGCAAUCAAUUCUCCCCUCUCCCUCCUCUCUGUUCCGCUUCUCCGCUACUCUUAACCUUACUUGUUAAUCGUCUCAUCGGAUCUCUGCUCUAGUGUCACUCUGAAGAUCAAGAAAUUUCAAGCCCUAGUCUCCCUUUAAGACAUAAAAGAAAAGAGAAGAAACAUGAAGAAUGCACGUAUCGUUGUUACGACUUAUGAUGCUUCUCAAAGCUUUUGAUAAGAACACCGACUCAGAUGCUUCUCAAAGCUUUUGAUAAGCAUCCCGCCGGCUUUGCAUACCAGAACAUCGCAUAAUCUUAUGUUUCUCUGCAUGUGUUUCUUGCAGCAUGUGUAUUUUCAUUCUCUAAACCUUACUCCAUAUCUCGAUUAGUAUGAUUUAUAGCCCUAAUUUCAAUUCCUAGAUUUUGCAGAUGCUCGCACGCCUUUUUCCGAUCAUCCUUCUACCUAGUUGUUGUUUCUUUCAUCGGUCCUUCCGAUUGGUCUUCUUCUUCAUCAUCGUCUACUGAAAGACUUAUUGAUUUUGGUGAUUAUGGCUUCGAAUUCAGUUCCAUCCAAUUCUCCACCAGGUUUCUCAUCUGUUCUCCAUAAACCCCCUGUUACCACCAUUACGUCUGCAGCCACACGACAACGACUCACCGCCGUUCAUAAGUCCAUCACCACCUUCGAACUUAUCAUGGGAUUGUCUAUCAGGAUUUCUCAAAGGGUAUUCGCUUGGAUGAGCUAAAUGUGCUACUGAAGCAGACUGUUAUGAUAAGACGAUUGAAGGAGCAUGUCUUGAUGCAAUUACCACCAAUACGAAGACAAAUCAUAAACUUGGUUUUGAAGCAAUCAGAUAUCGAUUCUGCAAUAGAAAUAUGCGGUAUACCAAAUUAUUAGCAAUAUAUAUCUUGUAUUUAUGUAAAAUAUAUUUACCAUAUAUAGUUUUAGGUCAGAAUGUAAUCAGUAUAUAUAUUUAAUGAUCAUCAUCAAUAAAGACGAUUGAUUCUUCCACUACUAUGGUAUCAGAGCGGCUAAUCCUAUAAUGCUGUUUUUCAUCUAUCCCUCCUCUAUACAAAUGAUAAUAAUGCUUUUACAGUAGGCUGAAAGUCGAGCACAUAGGCGUGGUCAAACUAAAGUAGUCAAUGUUUAUAUAUUUUGUGCCAAGAUGAGUCUCACUAGAGAAAAUUGAAUAGAAGUUUGCAUCGUACUUCAUCUACUAUAGAUGGGAAGUAUGAUUCAUUGAAGGAGAUCAUGGUUAACGAUGUUUCUUUACUUGAAACUGUUGAAGAAAGAGAAGGGGAUGAAGAUUUGUUCAUUUCAGGGGAAUAUAAUGAUGAAUCUUCUGGCAAUGAGCUAGUGAGAUGCUUUCAGUAUUCAUAUAGCGGACAGAUUCACCAGAUUCUAGACACACUUCAUGAGAAGCUGACACAUGUAAUCUGAUAGAAAAACCAAGUGAAGAGGACCCUGUUGUCCGGGAUGAAGAUGAAACAGGUUGCAUCUCAUCACAUUCUCUUCGCUUUGAGCAAAUACACUGGAAGAAUCCACUUGUAUUCAUGUAUCCAAAGAGUAGAAACACGACCUACCCCAUUGUUUAAAGAUUUCAAACCAGAGGAACUUGAGACAAAAGAUCCAGACAACUUGGAUGAUUCAAUUUACAAACCUGCCCUUAUAAAAUUUCUCAAAGAAUGGAACAGUCUCAGACCUAUUGAACAAAGAAAACUUUACAGCAAGCCUCUACAACUUCCUUUGUCUGUUGAGUCGUGUUUAAUGGAAAUCCAAAACCAUGACAAAGAGAUGUCUUCAGUUACUGAUCAUGCUAGUGCACAAGACACAGGAGCAAAAGCAGCAUACUUUGAUGAUGAUGAUGAUGGUGGAGGUUUGGCACUAAAUGCUCAAUCAAGAGCUAUGCUUAUGGAAAACUUGAUCACAGUGGUAUUACCAUAGGGUGCGUUUAGGGUAUUCAAUCUGUGUUUGUUUAGUUACAUAGGGUAGGGGCAUUUUCGUCUUUUUAAAAUUUUUGGAUGGUUCUUUGCAGUAUUCUUGGGGCUAUUGGAGUACCUAUUGUUAAUGGAUCUGGUCCAGUUCAAGGAGGUGGUUUAGGCAUGAAUGUGGCAGCAGGAGUAGCUACAAUUCCCAUUUUGCCCCCACAAAUUGUCUCAGAGCCAAUUGGAAACCCUAGUGAGUGUCUACUGCUAAAAAAUAUGUUUGACCCUGCUGCUGAGGUAUGUUAUUUUCUUUCUCAAAAAUAAUCUAAUGUCUAUCUUUUCCGCAGAUUGCUUUUCUAACAUUCUUUUAUUCAAGUUAGCAUCAACCACAAAUCGAUGCUGCAAGCUAAAGGAGCAUCAUACGUUUGACUGCUGAAAUAAUUAUAAAUUACAAAGAUAAACACAAAACGUAUGUUUAGGCCUUGUUUAUUUUCUUUCACCAUUAAAUCCUAAUCUUAUAUAAAUAUUUUCCCCAAGUGUACUCUCAUUUAGCACACUUGGGGAAAAUAUUUAUAAAAGAUUAGGAUUUAAUGUAAAAGUAUCAAUUUCAUGAUUUUAGAUGUUUAGUCGUUUCUUUGUGCAUAAAGUCAAAAAGAAACAUCAUCGUACUCAAUUUAUCUUGUUAUUUAGUGAUACAGUUUCCAACAUUCAAUCCUACUUCUCUAAUUAGUCAACAAGUUAUUAGCCAAAUAUCUUAUAAUAUACAAACUAGUUGUGAAACCCGUAUAUUAUACGGGUUGAUUAAAACAAAAUGUUAAAUAGAAACGAUUAAAUGAGAAGUUUAUUUGAAUUCGAAAUUUGAAAUAAAUAAAAAUUAUGAGAAAAAAAACAUGCAAAAAAUAAAUAAAUUAAAAUUAUUGUUUAGUUAUCAGACCCGUAUAUUAAACAAGUUAAUUAUAACAAAAUGUUAAAAACAAAGGUUUAAACUGUAAAUUUAUUUGAAAUUGAAAUUGAAAUUUAAAAUUUAAAAUUUAAAAUUAAUAUCGUUAUGGUAGGUUUAAUUUAUGGAAACUAAUUAAUAAUAUAUUAGAAAUGGAAAAUGAAAUAAAUGACAAGUGGAAAAUAAAUAUAUCUUUAAAUUAUGACAAAAUGACAUGUGGCAAAUUGAAUGAGAGAAGGACAUGUGGCAAAAUCAUUCUUAUUUAUUAGGGUAGAUGAUUAAUAGAAAAGAGUUGGGGAUAUGUGAAUCGAUCUAAAGGCCCCACAUAUUAGAUACUUGACAAAUCACCAUAGAAUGAAGUUUGAUUGAAAGAAACCCUCAAUACUGCCUAACAAAAUGUAAAAACCUAGCUUAUAAUUGAAAAAAGUAUGAAAGUAUCCAUUUUCAUAUUUUCAUUUUGAUUUUCAGGUAUCGGCAUAUUUAUAUGCCUAAUGUGAUAACACUCCAUGAUAUAGCUCUGUUGCUUGCAAAUGGUCAAAGUAUCACAACCAGCAACAGUGAUGACAUGUGUGCAGUAUGUGGAGAUAGAGGAGAGUUGAUGAUUUGUGAUAUGUCAACUAACUGAGUGAGACUACAACUCUUUCUACGAACAUACUAUACAAGUAAGGCUAAGGUAUCACGAAAUUCAGCACCUGAUUCAAAAAAAUUAAUACAAAAGCUCCAAAUUAAAUACAAAAGCUCCAUAGUUUUAACGAAUCCUACUCAAGAAACUCUGCAACUUAAUUUAUACAGAUAUAUUGUCUAAAUCAUCUUCCAUCUGCCAACAAAGAUAGUAAAAUUGCAGUAGACGUUGAUUGACUUAUACCCUAAAAUCAUGAUAAAAUUGCAUCAUGUAAGUUUCUCAUUAAAUUGUUGAUAUAAAUAGCAAAGAAUAUCCUACUUCCUUUGUUUUUAAGUUUGAUAUUCUACAUUUCUUUAAUUAUUGUGUAGGAUUUCUGUGUUGUUUUUGAUCAAGAGUUGGGAUUGAUAUUGAAGCUAAGAGACAUGAUGAUUGGUUGGAUAUAUGAAGGGUUUCAGAGCUUCUUUAGACAGCUUAAUGAUGAGUUACUGAAACAAGAAGGUUCCCCUUUAUAUCAAUGUAGUAUUAGGUUAUAUAGUUAGGAAAAACCUCUUAAUAACAAUGUAUAAUCAAAUCCCUUUAAUAUCAAUGUAUUACAAUUUUUUGACAUGAUUUUAUUGGAUGAAAUUGA